AGGCGAAGAUGAAGCAAAACAUGGCGACGACAGGGUUUCUUGUUUUUGUGAUCAUCGCGGCAGGUUUUUCGGAGGUCCAUGGGCGAUACUGCUACUCUGACUACAGCAGUGGAGAAGGAAAUUACUUCAAUUGUAACCCAGGAGAGUACUGCUGUGGUACUAAGUGCUGUAUGAACUCUGCUGGGGCAUUCUACUCACUCUGGUACUUCUGGCUGAUUGUACUGAUGGGGAUCAUCCUGUGCUCCAGUGGAGGUUUCUGGUACCGACGCCGGUACUACCAGCAGCGCAUCGUCACAACCAUCGAGAGGCAGGGACAGAACGGAUUUGUCGCACGCACCACUCACACCAUGGAGGAGCUACCUAGUGAUAGCAGCUACUGUGCCCCAAGAGCUGUUGCUGUCACAUCGCGAUCCGCACCGACAAACGCUCCCAACGUUCCCGUCUAUCCAAUCAAAUACACCAUCACGCACACCGGGCCCUACCCCUACCCCUAUCCCUACCCCAUGCCCCCACCAAACGGCCCUCCCCCUCCCUACACCCAGGCAGUGAUAGGCCCACAGGCUGCUACUGGGCAUGUAGCACCAGCGCCCCCUGGAGUGGUGAAUGAGAACUGCAGCUCCAGUAAUGCAGCCCCUACUGCUACCACUACAACUAUCAUAUCUGGGUAAACUGGCCACAGGUUUUUAAUCAGAAAAUUUCUGUUUGCAUAUCAGCUAUAUUUGUUGAGGUUCUUGCCACAUUAACAGAUACAGUUCUUUAAAGGGAGCAACGCUAGUUCACCUUUAUCCACGGGGUAACCAAUAUCCAUUGUUUACAAAAAACAUGAUGCUUACUUUAGGGAAUGCUCAACUGACAGUUGUUUAAAAUUACAAUAUUUUUCAACAUACUGAAAUAUUUUGUCUCCUGUCCACUGAAGAGCAUGAAAAAAAAUUUUUUAGAAAUAAUGGAUAUAGGUUAUCCCAUUAGAUAAAGCUAAGGUGAUCUAGCAUUUUAUUACCGAUGAAUGAGGAAACAAUGAAAUUAGAUUAUUACAUAUCAAUUACAUCUUGAGUAUGAUCUGACUUUUGCUAGUGCUCCAAUAGAAUUGAUGGUAUAAAUUGUCCCACCUUUUCUAGAAUACCAUUUGAGAAAACCUUUAACUUAAAGAUUAAUUCUGCUUCUUGUUGCCAAAAGUUCAAACCUCCCUGACCAGUUAGAUUUCAUUAUGAAGGCAACUUUUCUUCUGACAAACAUUUUUUCCAAAUCAUCCCAUCAGUUUUGGUAUUCCCAAAGGAAUUCAUAUUGAUCAAAUCAUCAUGACUUA